AUGAAUUCAGAGUUAGCACCCACUCAUCAAGUAAAUAAAAGCGCGGAUGAAAAAUCGUUCGAAGGUAAAGAAUAUUUUUCUGUUUUUUCUGAUUAUUUAAUAUUAAUUAAGAAUAACGAAACACCACUGUUACAUUGCAAAUCAGAAUUAUUUAUGCACGACAAAUAUAAUAUGAACUGUUCAGAAAAAAAAAAAAAUUUCGAUCAUGUAAAUUAUGAACUAGAUAGCUAUAAUUCAGGAAAAGUUGGAAGCAAGAAAAAAAUUGAUGUGUGCAAAGGUGUAAGUUGUACAAUGGAUAACUUCUUGAAAGAACCGGAAAAGGACUGCAGUGGUUUAGAGAAAAUUCUAAACAAUGAAGUACAAGUAGAAGUGAAAGAAAGGAAAGAUGAGGAGGGGCAGGCGCAGGAGCAGGAAGGGCAAGAAAACGAGGAAGAUGCAAAAAAAGAGGAAGAAAAAGAAAAAAUAGAAGAAGAAACAGAAAAAAAAGAGGAAGAAACAGAAAAAAAAGAGGAAGAAACAGAAAAAAAAGAGGAAGAAAUAGAAAAAAAAGAGGAAGAAACAGAAAAAAAAGAGGAAGAAAUAGAAAAAAAAGAGGAAGAAACAGAAAAAAAAGAGGAAGAAAUAGAAAAAAAAGAGGAAGAAACAGAAAAAGAAAACUAUUUUGAAGAAUUAAAGUACAAUUUAAAAAAAGUGGAACAUAUAACAACAUCAAAGGAAAAGGAGCAAACAAAAGAGAAUGACAAAAUAUAUGAUUUAAAAAUAAAUGGAAAUAAUGAUUUUCAUAAUGAACAGAGUUACUUAACACUUGGAAAGGGCAAUUGUCCAGUUGGUGAGAGCAAUAAAAUACUAAAUGAUAGUAAUAAUAUAAAAUAUUCCCCGUUAAAUAAACAAAAAUACGUCCUGGUUCAUAGUAAUGAGCAUGUACAUAAUCUUUCGAGUAAUUCCACUCAUAUAGACAGUUCAGAAAUAUUCUGCUCUAAGAGCGUGAAUGAGGACAGUAUUAAAGAUGCAUCUUUUCCACAUUCUGCAAGCGAGACAAAUUGGUUAGAAAUGAACAGCAGUUAUAUUAUCAACUGUAGUAAAGAAUGUAAAAGGGAAAAAAGUUUUAAUAAAACCCCUAAUGGUGGAAGUAUAAAUGAAGAAUGUACCAUGGAUAAAGGGAAACCCAGUCCUCACAAACGUAUCAAUGAUGAAAUUAGAGUAUUAACUCUUCCAGAAAAAGAUAAAAUAAAAUUGAUGAAAAAUGAUUCUGCACACAAAACGGAAAUGGGUAGCACACAGAUGCAGAAGAAUGAAAGGGACGAGGGAAAUAAAGAAGAAAGCGCCCAGGAAGUAGUAGAGAGUAGAAAUAUCGAGGAAGAGUAUAGCAAUAACGAAGAAGAGGGUAGCAAUAACGAAGAAGAGAGUAGAAAUAUCGAGAAAGAGUAUAGCAAUAACGAAGAUGAGAGUAGCAAUAACGAAGAUGAGAGUAGCAAUAACGAAGAUGAGAGUAGCAAUAACGAAGAAGAGAGUAGCAAUAACGAAGAAGAGAGUAGCAAUAACGAAGAAGAGAGUAGCAAUAACGAAGAAGAGAGUAGCAAUAACGAAGAAGAGAGUAGCAAUAACGAAGAAGAGAGUAGCAAUGACGAAGAAGAGAGUAGCAAUGACGAAGAAGAAUAUAAGGAAGAGGGGGUGGAGAUUCCGACUAGACGCUCUAUUAGUGAACGGGGGAAAAAAGAAGCUAGUGAUGAAAAAAACAAUAGCUCAGGUCAGGAAGAAGAAAAGAAAUAUGUAAAGGCAAUGCAAAAGGGAGAAGAUUUCCAUAAUAACUGUGAGAACAGUGAGGAGGAAAAACAAAGCAUGAGUCUAACAUCAACAAACACAAAUCCGAAUUGUUCUAAAAGGAAACCUAUUGACACGGAUAACUUGAAUGAUGAGAGAUAUACAGGUUCUAUUUAUAAUGAAAAGAUAAAGAAUAAUUUAAGGACAAAAGGAAAAACGGAUGAGGAGGUGAGCAAAUAUAAUUAUAAUUUACAUUUAUUUAAUGAAAUUUUAAAAUAUAAAGAUCAGUUACAUUAUGUUCACGAUAAAGGACUAGCAGAAGCGGAAGAAGAGGCAGAAAUAUUUUCGCAAAGUUUUUCGAAAAGCUGUUCAGAAAAGUGUGCAAAAAAUGCUCGUGUACAGGUAAAUAAAAAGAUAAAUGAGAAUAAAAAUAAUUUUAAGGAAAAUGAAAUAAAUAGUAAUACUUCCAAACUAAGUGCAACAGGAAAUACAAAUCUGUGGUGUAAUCAUAAUAUAUUCAGUAAAGAAACAUACACAUGUGGGUGUGAGAAAGCAGAAGGAGGUGAGGAGUUACACUGUUCUGUUUAUAACACGUUAAGCAGUAGUAAAGAUUCCAAGUUGAACUACCAUCCCCCCUUAAAUGAUAAUCAUACUGACGAUCCUGAUGGUGUGUAUAGCCGAAGUAGCAGUUGCGAAAGCCACAGUAGCAGUAGUCAUAGUAACAGACGCUACAGUAGUAGCCACAACUGUGAUAAUAGUUCUUCCAUUGAUGUAAAGAGGAAUGAGGUGGAUGAGGUGGAUGAAGAAGAGAAACAGGGAAAGUCUAUGAAGUUACUGAGAAGAGAGAAGCACAACAAACAUAAUAAUUUACCCAUAGGAAAACAAAAACCAGUUACCAUAAAUGUUAAAAGGAAAGUAGACAUACAUUUUAAAAACAUUUAUUUUGUAAAGUACAAGCACAUUAAAUGUGUAGUUACGAACAAUUCUGGACUUGUUGUGCACUCUUUCAUUUUUUAUAAAAACUCAUUUAACGUAGAUAAAGAAGAUAAUUUUUAUAAAAUAUAUAAUAAAAAUAAAGAAAAUUUUAAUUCUCACAAAUAUGAAGAUAUUACAGGCAUAUUAAAAGAACUAAAGAAAAUAAUAACUACUAACGUAACUUUUCAACUUACAUUUAAUGCUCAGAUUGUUGACGGGAAAACAGAAGUACCCUCGUCAGAGUUUUACAGAUUAAGUUUUUACGGAAUUGAAGAAAUACCAAUAAUAGAAGAGGAAAAUAAAUCGAAGGGAGAGAAGAAGAAUGGAGCAAAAGAAAACACGAAUAAGACAAAACUGGGAAAGAGUGGAAUGGUAGAAGGAAAAAAAUUGAACAUAGAAAUGGAUAGUAGCAAAUUGCCAUGUGAACCAACUGCAUGCAGCAGCUUGUCACAGAGCGCCACAGAUGUCAACAAGCUGAGUAGUAAGACAGUGGUAAAAAAUUCCUAUAUAGGAUUCACUAUACUUCAUCUAAAGUAUAUGCAGCAAAUGCAAGAGGAGGGGUACAUACACUUGAACAUUUCCGAUAAAAAAAAAGAAAAUUGUAAUUUUAUGAAAAAUUACAAUAAUAAGGAGGUGCAGCAGGGGAUGGAGCAAAAGAAGGAGCAAAGAAAGGAGCAGAUAAUAGAACAGGGGACGAAGCAGCAGACUAAAAGUCAGUAUGCUUACAUCUUGGAUGACAAAAUAAAUGAAAACAUUCCUACCUCCAAUCUAAGCUAUGCUGAAAAAAUGGGUAUGUUAUAUAAACUUUUGUUUAAUCAUAGUUUAGAUGUGUACUCCCAAAAAGUGUUCUUAGCAUACCGAUUUCUACCACACUAUGGGGAGAAAAGGGGAAAGAAGUGGAGGGAGAAGGAACAGGGAAAACAGGCGGAAAAGGAGGAAAAUGAGAAAAAGGCGGAUGAAACAAAAAAUGAAGCAUCCCCCGGACAAAAAGUAGCCCCCAAACCAAGGAAUAUAACAUAUGAACACAUUUUACAAAUUGUUCAAAAGAACGAUUAUGCGAACAGUUCAAAUAUUAAAAAGACUUUACAACUGUGUUUACAAAACUAUUAUAAAAGGUGUUCUCAGUCUAUGUAUCACCACGCUAGUCUUUCUCUAUUUGAACAAAGAGGAAAAGAAUGUGUAACAGAAAAAUAUGCAUCUAUUAAAAAUGAGGAUAGAGAUAAAGCUCCAACCAUUUUGGGUUAUCCGAAUAACGUACAAGUUGAUAACACUUUUUCGAAAAAUCACAAUUUUGAAAAAAAUUUCUUCAUUAAUCAUGCCCAAGAAGAAGCACAGCAAGAGAGGGAAGAACAAGUAAAGGAUAGAGUGGAGGGAAGGAAAGAGACCAACGUAGAGAUAGAAACAUAUAAAGAAGUAGUGUCAGAGAUGGAAGAGUUAGAGUACAAUAAAAUGAAGAGAUACUGGGCAGAACACAUGGAUGAGUUACUCCAAUUGGAUGAGCAUUGUGAUAUUCACGAAGGGGUAAGAAGUCAACUCAUGGACAUCCUUUGCAAAAAUGUAGAUAGUAGGAAUAAAAAAAUAGAAAGCAUGCAAAGCAUUAUACAUAAAUAUACAAUUGGAAUUAAUGACUAUUUUGAUUUCAUUGAAUAUACUAGAAAUAAUCGCAUAUACGAAAUUUACGAAGAAAAUAAAAAAUUAAAAAAUUUUCUAAAAGACUCAAGUAUCUUUUUUAUUGAUGCAUUAAUAGAUAGUCACCAUGAAAUACAAAAGUUAAAACACAGUAUUAAAAAUGUCAACAUUUUAUAUAAUAAAGAAAAAAUGAAUAACUGCCAAAAAGUGAAUAACUCUCAAAAAGUGAAUAAUUGUCAAAAAGUGAAUAGUCAAAAAAUGAAUAACUCUCAAAAAGUGAAUAAUUGUCAAGAUAGAGUUUUGCAAAAUGAUCUGUAUUACCCAGUUGAUACAUUAAAUAAAGAAAAUUCCAUUUUUCAAAGUAUAAUUAGUAAUGCUACCCCACUCAACAAAUUACAUACUACAGAUACCACAACAAGUGGUGUUAAUUACAAAGACGAUUAUUAUCGAGAUGGAAGCAAUCAAAGUAAAAGAUACAACAAAAUACAAAAGAGCGGAAAUUAUUGCACUAGUAAUUAUAGUCUAAAUAAAAGUUUUCCUCAUUUUUACCUCAAAAGGGGAAAGAGCUUGGUCAUGCCAUAUGAUCCUGCUGAUAAUGAUGAAAAUAAAGAAAAAAAAUUGAGCAACAGUCUUUUUCAUAAGAAAGGGUAUAUAGGUGGUAGGGAAAUAAUGACUGAGUACUUACUUAACGGAGGAGUAACUCUAAAAAAUAAAAAAAAAGAAAAACAUUUUACUAAAUCAAUGGAAAAGUUGAAAUUACCAAAAACAUUUCGAUCUUUUAACUUGUGCGAAGAAAAAUGUAGUACUCCUAAUCCUUGUGGUAGCGAACGUUACGGUUGUGUGCAAAAGAGGGGAAAGAGCUCCCUUUCCUACACGUGCCAAUUAUGGAAAAACAAAAAUUUCGUUAACUCCGCACCAUGGGGUAGCGAACAAAGCAGGAGAAAUAACAAUAGCAACAAGAGCCUCUGCAGCGGGAGCAACUUUGCCGAUGGUAGUCAUGAUAACGGCCUUAGCAGUGUGUCAAAAAUUUGUCAAACGGCCAAAAACGAAUGUUUAAGAAUAUAUUCUGACCAAGUCAGGCAAAAUAGAAGUGUACAAGGGGGGGACAAAAUAUAUGGAAAUAAUUCCAUAAAAAGUAGCAUAAAAGAUAGUACAAAAAGUCGUACAAAAAGUCGUACAAAAAGUAGUACAAAAAGUAGUACAAAAGGUAGUACAAAAAGUAGUACAAAAAGUAGUACAAAAAGUAGUACAAAAAGUAGAAUGAAAGAGGAGUGUGAUUUUGUAGAAGAGCCGAGCGAUAAAUGCAUAUAUAGUAAAACAAGCACAUUGGAGUGCAAUACGGAUAAGAUGAAAAGUCGAUCUUUAAGUGGGAACGCAUAUUUACAGGAGCGUAAUCCCAGUAGUUUCGUAAAUUCAAGCAACAACGAAAUGAAAAAAAAAAAAAAAAAAAAUAAAAAUAAGUAUGUAAAUAACUCAAAAAAUAAGGUUAUGAUGUUAUCACGUGCUUAUAGCGGGAACUCCAUUCCUUCUAGUACCUCUAUGAUUGGGAGUUAUUGUAAAAAGGUAAAUUCUAAAGGGGAAACAAAACAUACUUUUAUAAGUAGACACGAUAAAAACAGAGCCGCUGAAGAUUAUAGGUUUACCAGUACUACUGGUGAGGAGAAUGCGAAACAUGAAAAUUUUCAGAAUAGUAAGAAUAUGAACAAAAAUGCUAGUGAUAUAUCUAAAAGUUGCAGUCAUACAGAGAGUAACAACAUUAGGAAUGCCCAUAAUUCUAAUAGCAGUAAUAAAACAUACGCAUUAAUUCUAUCCAAUGAGAAUGUAAUAAAGGAGUAUAAUACGUACCGUGUAAAUAAUCUGAACAUCAACUUAAAUAAAAAGAGUAUUAGAAAGGAAAAAAAUAAUUAUGAUACAAGUGAAAUAUUAAAAAAGGAAUUUUUUCAAAAUGAUGUAAUAGCUCCAGCGAAAAAAGAAAAUCAUCAUUUACUUAAAAUGAACAGUCUUAUUAUAGAUAAAGUAAACAGUUCCACAAUGACUGAGAAUAACAUGAAUACUCAUAGCAAUGGGAAAAAGGAAAAUACAGAAAAAAAGUGCAAAAUGUCUCAAAUGGGCAAAAUAUCUCAAAUGGGAAAAAUAUCUCAAAAGGGCAAAAUAUCUCAAAUGGGUAAAAUAUCCCAAAUGGGUAAAAUAGCCAAUGUAAAAAAAGUACCAAACGCACAGAUAUCUGAAGGUGAAGCAAAAAUGCUAUCUAGACGUGAACAGGACAAAGAUAUCGGCAGCAAUUUUGAAAUAGCCAACUUCAAGUAUUUGAAAAAGAACGGUGAAGCGGAAAUUACUGGUAUUAGCGGUAUUAGCGGUAUUGGCGGUAUUAGCGGUAUUAGCGGUAUUAGCGGUAUUGGCGGUAUUAGCGGUAUUAGCGGUACUAGCGGUACUAGCGGUAUUAGCGGUAUUAGCGGUAUUAGUGGCAGUAACAGAGAUAGCCGAAGUAGUCUUAUCAGAAGGGUUAGCAAUAGCCUCAGUCACAACAAUAUUAAUUUGAAAAAAGAAUACAUAGAAGGUUUAGUAUCCUCGUACGAUGAUUGUAUCUCAAGCGGGAAUGCGAAUGGAAAUAGUGAACGGGGUACAUUACACAAUGCGCAGAAGCAAAAUGGGGGGAAAAAAUAUACAAACACGAAAAUAAGUAGCAGCUCACAGUUAAAUGAGAAGAGCUCAAACAAUGAUAUUAAUGCUAUAAAAAAAAUAAUUGAUUACAAUGUGACAAGGCAGGAUAAAUUUACCUUACACAAUAGUGAAGAAAAAAAUGCUGUUCUAAAAAAUAUUAAUAACAAUGGCAAACUAAAGUCAAACAUUAUUGUUAACGAAAAAAAAGAUAAUAAAAAUGUAGGGAAUACUAGUAAAAUGAUAGAAAUAGAAAAAAAUAAAAACAAAUAUUCACAGGACGCUUAUAUUUUAGAUAUCAUAAAUAAAAAUUUGAGUAAGUCUUUCAAUCAGCUUGACAAGAUAAAGAGGAAAAUGAAUAAACAUUUGGUCGUUUAA